AUGCCGGCCACGAUGAUGGCACGCCGAGACGCAUUUACUGGCGCGCUCGCGAUCUAUGGGUCUGGCGGAGCCGUGCAGAGCAGCGGCAGCAGCAACAAUGGAAACCCGAGCGGUGCGGUGCAGGCGCAAUGUCCCGCAGACCAUCCCGUGAGCUGCACGAAUAUCCAGGAGCCGUACUAUUGCUGUCCAGCGAAUAACUACUGCUCGUGGGCGAACAGCGUUGUUGCAUGCUGUCCCAAUGGUCAGACCUGCUCUGGCAGCGUUGGCGGAGCCCAAACAACAACCUACUGGCAGCCUUCGACAAAAUGGCAGCAACCCGCAGCAACGACUGUGGUCGCAGGCGGUGGUUAUGUUGCUCCAGCAGGGACGACAGUCUACACGACUCCUCAUCAAACUACGGUCGGCUACAACGGAUACUGCUCCACGUUGAUUGCGGUCGGGCCUGGCUUACCCACGACCGAAGCUGGCUCAUGCGGUACGAUCCUUAUCGCGGAAGCUGAGGCAAUCCAGGCGGCAGUACUGGGCUGGGCGAGGCUGAUUGCAAUGUUGGUUGGUUUGCAGGCUGCUGGAGGUCUUCUGUUCCUGCGAAGAUGA